UCAAAAGGUAUUGAAGCUGGCUAACAACCUUGAGGAUAUAGCUGGAAGGCUCGACAAGGACAACAUUAUGACGUGUCUAAGAAAAGGGAUCAGCGAUGUUCCUCUCUCGUCGUCGGCGACCGAUGUGCAGUACCGAUUCUUGGGAAUUGGCUCUUAAUCUGCGAACACACAGCCAACAGCAGAGUAAGAGUAGCAGCACGCUCCCGAGAGAAGCAACUCCCAUUGUAGAAAAAAUGAUCGAGAACAGCAUGCCGAUUCCGAGACAAUUGUGUACCGCUACAAAACCACGAGGAGGGGAGACGGCAUCACCCCGCCAAAGGCACAGUGCUUACGACUACAAAAGAAGCAGGCAACGCCUCUCCGCGACUACUACCUCACUAUCUAUCAUCUGCUCAGGACAUUGGCCUGAUAAAAACCGUUCCUACUGCGGGGUCUACGCCUCUAACGAUUUUCAGCUCCAGAAAAGUACGCAUAGCGACUUCCACGCUUAUGAAUGCGAAGCCCUAGGUGGUGGGAGCAGAUGGACCAAGCUAUCAUCCUCCCGUCCGGGUUUAAUGCCAAGUUGGGCACGGGGACAGCGAGUUCUGCAGGGGUUUGGGAUUGGGAAAGUCAAUGGCUCAAGGGCUCAGGGUAAGCGCUAAGGCACCCUGCGCUAAAUUCCAACGUGCAGAGAAUACGAGGCUCAGGAUUUAAGUAUUGGCCUACCCCGCUCGGGGGUUGGGUCUCAUUCGCGAUCGUGGGGAGGAUGCACGCACAUGGCAGAACCGGUUCAUUGGUGCCAAGCCAUAUAACACCAGAAACAUGCAUUCUCCCGUGAUCACUAUAACUGGACUGGUCCCCUAGGGUUUUCUCAGCCGCAUCAGAAGCAGGAUUCUGUCAAAGAGAUAAGGCUAGUCGCCCCCCUCCGGUGGCGGCGGAAUAGUCCGCAUAUAAUGGGCCGUGUUAAUAUAGUGCACGCGGCCAGCUCGACGUGAGAGAGAAGGAGAUACCGGCUGCGCCCGUUGCGUCGAGUACUGUA